AUGAAUAGAUUUGGUAAAUUUAUUUGCAAAAUGUCAACAAAAGCUGAAGUUCAAACUUUCAAAACUGAAAUAUUACCAGUUUCUAAAUCAGCUAUACAUUUUGAUUCAAAUGAUCAAUUAACAAUAAAUGAUGAAUCUACUGAAAAAAAUUUAUUAAAAGCUGCUAAAAUAUUAUCUUCUUCAGAUCAAGUUGUUGCAUUCCCAUCAGAAACUGUAUAUGGCUUAGGUGGAUCUUCAUUUAAUGAUGAAUCUAUAAAAAAUAUAUAUAAAGCUAAAAACAGACCUGCUGAUAAUCCAUUAAUAACUCAUAUAUCAUCAAUAUCACAAAUUAAUUCAUUCUUCAAUUUAGAAAUACCUGAAAUUUAUAAACCAUUAAUUAAAGAAUUUUGGCCUGGUCCAUUAACAAUUUUAUUACCAAUAAAUAAUAAUGAUAAUCAAAAUAAAUUAUCAAAAUUAACUACUGCAAAUCAACCAACUUUUGCAGUUCGUUUACCUUCACAUCCAAUAGCAAGAGCUUUAAUACAUCUAAGUCAAGUUCCAAUAGCUGCUCCAUCUGCAAAUGCUUCAACAAGACCUUCUCCAACUUUAGCACAACAUGUAUAUCAUGAUUUACAAGGUAAAAUACCUUUAAUCUUGGAUGGAGGUGCUUCAAAUGUUGGUGUUGAAUCAACAGUUAUAGAUGGGUUAAGUAAUCCUCCAAUGUUAUUAAGACCUGGUGGUGUUAGUCUUGAAGAAAUUAAAAAAAUUGGUGGUAAAAAUUGGGAAAAUAUUCAAGUUGCUAAAAAAAUAAGUGAUCCAAAUGAACCUGUUAAAACUCCUGGUAUGAAAUAUAAACAUUAUUCUCCAACUGCAAAAGUUAUAUUAGUUAAUAAUGAAGAAACUAUAAAGAAAUAUAUAAGUGAAAAUUCUCUUGAAGAUAAAAAAAUUGCUUUAUUAACUACACAAUUUUUCCAAGGAAAUAAAUUUAAUGGUAUAGUGGAUCAUUUAGGUAAAUCAAAAGAAGAAAUUUCUUCAAAUCUUUUUUCAUUUUUAAGAAAAAUUGAUGAAUUAGGUGUUGAUUUAAUCUUUGUUGAAAGUGUUGAUGAAAAAAAUGAAGGUUUAGCCAUUAUGAAUAGAUUAAAUAAAGCUGCAUCUGAAACUAUAUAG